AUCCCAUCUAAUAUCCCAUUUCUUCUUCCCAUUUCUUUUUCUUCAAAACAAAUUUUGCUUUUGGAGAUAUAAACAUAUUUUUGAUAUCUCAUUGUCCAAUCAAGAACUUUCUGUCCACUAAAAUUUAGCAUUUGGAAAAGAGGAAUAUAUAUUUCUUUUCCCACACAAGGAGUCCCAAUCAUGUUUUUCUUUUUCUUUUGAGAUCUGAAGUUGAAUGGUGGUGGUUGGUUUUUUGGUUGGUCAGAAAUGGCGGGGAAUACAACGACGGCGGGUGGCUGUCCGGCAGCAAUGAAAGCGACGUCCAACGGCGUGUUUCAGGGCGACAACCCGCUUGAUUUUGCUCUCCCUUUAGCCAUUCUUCAAAUAUGUUUAGUGGUUGUUCUUACUCGUCUUCUUGGUUUCCUUCUCCGACCACUCAGACAACCUCGAGUGAUCGCUGAGAUUGUCGGAGGAAUAUUGUUGGGACCGUCGGCAGUUGGGCGGAGCCAAGAAUUUCUUCACAGAGUGUUUCCGGCGAGAAGCCUAACAGUUUUGGACACAGUGGCGAAUUUGGGUCUUCUUUUCUUCCUAUUUUUAGUAGGGUUGGAGUUAGAUCUCAAAUCCCUCCGCCGUACCGGAAAGGGUGCAAUGGCCAUAGCCAUGGCCGGAAUUACCCUCCCUUUCAUCCUCGGCAUCGGAACCUCCUAUGUCCUCCGUUCCACCAUCUCCAAAGGCGUCCAUGGCCCCCCUUUUCUCGUUUUCAUGGGUGUAGCUCUCUCCAUUACUGCUUUCCCUGUACUCGCCCGCAUUCUCGCCGAACUCAAGCUCUUAACCACCAACGUCGGCCGUAUGGCCAUGUCCGCCGCCGCUGUCAACGACAUCGCCGCUUGGAUCCUCCUCGCCCUUGCCAUAGCCCUCUCCGGCACCGGCCGCUCCCCUCUCGUCUCCCUCUGGGUUUUCCUCUGCGGCUCUGCUUUUGUCCUGUUUUGCUUCUUCACUCUCCCGCCAAUCUUCCGUUGGAUUUCACGCCACUGCUCCGAUGGCGAGCCGGUAAGCGAACUCUACAUUUGCGCCAUUUUAUCCACCGUCUUAGCCGCUGGAUUCAUCACCGACUUAAUCGGAAUCCACGCUCUGUUCGGCGCUUUCGUCGUCGGUGUCCUUGUCCCGAAAGACGGCCCACUCGCCGGAGCUCUCGUCGAGAAAGUCGAAGAUCUUGUUUCAGGCCUAUUCCUCCCUCUCUAUUUCGUAUCAAGCGGAUUAAAAACCAACAUCGCAACAAUCAAAGGAGCUCAAUCAUGGGGUCUCCUCGUCCUCGUUGUAGUCACCGCCUGUUUUGGGAAAAUCAUGGGAACAAUCUCCGUAGCACUCUGUUUCAAGAUGCCAUUCCAGGAAUCAAUCGCUUUAGGAUUCUUAAUGAACACAAAAGGGCUAGUGGAAUUAAUCGUCUUAAACAUCGGCAAAGACAGAAAAGUUUUAAAUGAUCAAACCUUCGCAAUUUUAGUUCUAAUGGCUAUAAUCACAACAUUCAUCACAACCCCAGUUGUAAUGGCGGUUUACAAGCCAGCAAAAAGAAAGAGCAAAACAGAAUAUACAUACAGGACAAUUGAGCGAGAUGAACCCAAUUCAGAGCUGAGGAUUUUGGCUUGCUUUCACUCUGUUAAUAACAUUCCUUCAAUUUUGAAUCUGAUAGAGGUUUCUCGUGGGAGGGAAGGUCGUGGGCGGCGGGUUUGUGUGUAUGCGAUGCAUUUGAUGGAGCUGACAGAGAGGUCGUCGGCGAUUGUAAUGGUUAACAGAGCAAGAAAGAAUGGAUUGCCGUUUUGGAAUAAAGGAGGGAAGUCAAAUUCGGAUCAAAUUGUAGUGGCAUUUGAGGCUUUUGAGCAGCUUAGUCGAGUGUCAAUACGUCCAAUGACGGCCAUUUCUGCGUUCUCAGAUAUGCAUGAAGAUGUUUGUAACAGUGCUGAGAGAAAACGUGCAGCCAUUAUCAUCCUCCCAUUCCAUAAACACCAAAGGUUUGAUGGAUCUUUGGAGACAACACGUACUGAUUUUCGAUGGGUCAAUCAAAAAGUUCUCGAACAACCACCAUGCUCCGUUGGGAUCUUAGUCGACCGAGGUCUUGGAGGUGGCUCACACAUAUGUGCUAGCAACGUUUCUUCCAUCAUAACUGUCUUCUUUUUUGGUGGCCGCGACGAUCGUGAAGCUUUAGCCUACGGUCGAAGAAUGGCAGAGCAUCCAGGAAUAACCCUAAACGUCGUUCAUAUCAUUCCCAGCUCCGAUAUGGCUGUAGAAUCUACUGUAGUUGACAUAAGUAAAGACGAUAGCAAUAUUUCAGCACUCAUGGAUCAGAGAGUGUUGAUGGAGUUCAAUGUGAAGAAAACAGAGGACGAAUCAAUUAGAUACGUAGAGAAGACAGUGAGCAAAGACAGUGACACGAUUGAAGUAAUAAGGGAAUUUAGUAGAUGUAAUUUGAUAUUGGUGGGUCAAGCUCCUGAAGGCCAAGUAGUGGAGAGUCUUCAUUUCAAAGGUGGCGAAUGCCCGGAGUUGGGUCCAAUCGGCAACUUGUUGACAUCAUCGGAGCUCUCAACGUCAGCUUCAGUCUUGGUGGUGCAACAAUUUCGUGGUCCAUUGUUGCCUUCCUCAUCCACAUCUACUGCUAUGGUAUUACCGGAAGAAGUUAACCAGUAAAGUAAAGGCGCGUUUGGAUUCAUUUUCUAAAUGUUACAAACUAUCUAAAUGGGUUUUUUUUUUUUAAAAAAAAUUGUUUAUAAGUUAAAAGAAAAUGUUUCUAAACACUUAGAAAUCCAAUCCAAACUCUGAAAAGACUCUUUCCAUUCAGUGUAUACCACGUGGUAAACUACAAUUAGAUAUGGAGCCUACUUUGUGUGAAUUUUAAGACGCACUAAUCCGGGUGGAUCCAUGUGGCAUUUUUUUUUUUUUUUUUUUUGUGAAAUUGUAAAGUGUACAAUAUGACCAUUGUUGUUCCAUUUGAAAAGAAUUAGCCUCAUAGAGAAAUGGAGGUACUCUUAAUUACUUAUAUUGUAGAGUGGUUUGUUUCUUUACCCAUAGAAAGUCAUUCUAUAAAAAGAGAAUAAGUAGAGUUACCUUCUUUA